CGUGAAACUCUCGUCAUCAAACCUCCAUCUCCAAGGUUCGAGUUCGCCUACGCAAGCCAGUCUUAAGGGGAGCGCGACGUGGCACUUAUUAGACAGUAUGCAUCGCGCGUUGCUCAUUGCGGAAGUUGCUCGUAACAUCAUUUUCCAUCAAUCCUCGAAGAAGGAUCUCGCCGCCCUCGCUCAGACCUGUCGUGCACUCUCCGAAUCGGCUCUGGAUGCUUUGUGGUCAGAAUUAAGUGACAUAACCCCCUUGCUUGAAUGUCUCCCGGAAGAUCUCGUGUAUUGGAUACCAGACGGCCGUGUUGACGCUAGAAGCUACAUAUUUCUCCGACCCCUUACGAUAUCCGACUGGGUACUCUUCCGCAAGUAUUCUUCACGAGUGUCCGUACUUCAAGGAUUCAUAUCGGAGGACAUGUAUGGAUCUCCACGUAUCGGUGCCGAUGUGUAUCUCGCGCUGAGUUGUCCUCCUUCCUUCGACCCUCUCUUUCCCAAGUUACGCUCUUUGAUGUGGCUCGACGCACAACCCGAGGCAUUCACCUUCCUGAGACUGAUGCUUAGCCCCUCUGUCACCAACUUAAACAUCCAUCAUUGUUCGAACGCAUUACAUGUGCUGGGUCUGGUCGCUAUACUCGGGACGGUUUGCCCUCACUUGAUGCACCUGGUAUGGAUCAAUGCCGAUUCUUCACGCAGAGAAGGAUCAUUACUUUCCGAAGCUGUCACGUCUUGCAAUGAACUCCAAGAAUUCACGUGCUGCUCACUGGAUGGGCAGGCCAUACAGCAUCUUUCGUCUCUACAGUCCCUUUACAGACUCCGCAUCAUUGUCGACACUUCCCCUCUCCCUCCUCUUCACGAGCCAGCCUUCCCAGGAUUGAAGAGCAUCAAUCUCACUAGCCCUUACGAUCAAGACCUGUCUGCCGUUGCAGCGUGCAUCCGUGGUUUCCAUUCGUCCCCCAUGUCUUUCUGCGGUGACUCAGAUGAGUCCUCUGAAACCUCUCUGUUGGACCUUACCAAAGCAGUCUCCACCAACUGCGACCGGACGAAGUUAGAAUUAUUCUUCAUAAACGAAAUCGCCCAGGAACCAGGCUUCGUACUCGACAAGGCCACUUUUGAACCCUUAUUUCCGUUCCACAAUCUCACCGGUGUGCACGUCGAAACUCGUCGAAAUGUCCAUCUUGACGAUGCGGCCAUGCUGGAGAUGGCUAACGCAUGGCCAAACCUUAGCGAGUUGGAUAUAAACGAAAGAUGGGGGUGGAGGCAGCGAUCGGGCAUGACGCUGCUGGGUCUGCGAAGCAUGCUUCAGCGACUGCCGAAGCUCACUGCGCUCGGUAUCGCUCUUGAUGCUGAGACAACAGCUGUGCCAAGCACUCUUAACGGCGACAACCCAUGUCGGUUCUCGGUGACUGGAAAGCUCGACCUUGAUUUCCUGGAUUCGCAUCUCACUGCUGACAUCGCAGGCGUCGCAGUCUUCCUAUCUGAACUUUUCCCGGACAUUGACGGUAAACACAGGUUUUACGCUUGGAGUCUUAUUGAAGGACCAGACUUCGAUGAAGCUAGGGAUAUGGAACGCACGAUUCACUCAGAGAGAUGGGAGAAUGUAUGGGGCGCGAUGGUUGAGAUGAAGGGGCAAAGCAACGUAGCUUUUAAUUAAUUGACAUCAUGUAAGAGCCUGGACGCUCAUAACCA